CCGGAUCUAUGGGGGAAAGAACUGUGACCUCGGCUCCCGGCCCUUCCAAGCAGCUCUCAUGAUGGACAACCGCAUGUACUGCAGCGGGAGCCUGGUAGACAGGAAGUGGGUGCUCACUGCCGCGCACUGCAGAAGAGACGCCAAGUCAGUGCGGGUGCAUCUGGGGGAUUAUGACCUGAAGAUGAACGAAGGCACAGAACAGAUUCGAGGAGUUAAAAAUGUCAUCGUGCACCCAGACUAUAAUCGCCGCCCCCGGGACAAUGACUUCAUGCUCCUGGAGUUGGAUGCACCAGCUGAACUCAACAACAACGUGAAAACAAUCGGCCUGGCGACCCAGUGUCCCACACCUGGAGCAAAGUGCACCGUGUCAGGAUGGGGCACAGUCACGACCCCCGAACAGACCUUCCCCAACAUCUUACAGUGCGCAGAUAUCUACAUUGUCAGCCAGGACAGCUGCAACAAGCGUUACAAGGACUUGAUCACAGAGAACAUGUUCUGCGCUGGUGUGGAAGAGGGAGGCAGAGACGCAUGCCAGGGUGAUUCCGGAGGCCCACUGGUCUGCAACGGGAGGCUGCAGGGUGUGGUAUCCUGGGGAACGGCCUACUGUGCCCUGAAGGGACUGCCUGGGGUCUACGCCAAUGUCUGCAAAGCCGCCCAGUGGGUGACGGACAACAUAAGGGACAAGGCCACCAAAUAGGACUGAGGACUCAUAGCACAUCAUACCUGCUCCAGUAACCCACCAACUCCCUCCCUCCAGCCCCCGCCCCUGCCAUGCCUUCCCUCACCUCACCACAGCACCCAGGGGAUACCGAGUGGGGUGUGGAGAGAUUGCUCGGGCAGCACUGUGCAGGGGGUAUUGCGGAGUGGCCAAUCCAAAGCGGCCAACAGUUACAACAGAGACCUGGAACAAUCCAGCACAGGAUGAAAAAUGUGUAAGUGGCAUAAAAAGCCCAAAUCAGCCUGGAGAUUGUGAGAUUGGUUUAAAAGCCAGGAGAUCAGCUUGAAAUUCCCAGGACUAGUUUUCA